AGCUUUUCCUAAAAGGAUUCCUGUACACCCUAGAAGUGCUUGAAGAACAAUGAAGAUAGGCAUGAAGCCGCCGUCUCACAGCUGCUUGCAUGUCACUGUUGAAGCAAAUGCCUACCUAAUUUGACGGUCUUGGUGUGCUUAAAGUUCUUUUGAGUUUGCAAAUAAGCAUUUAAGUCUACUGAUGGAGCCCUCAGGCAGUGAACAGUUAUAUGAGGACCCUGAUCCUGGAGGCAGAUCCCAAGAUGCAGAGGCCAGAAAGCAGACAGAAUCAGAACAAAAGUUAUCUAAAAUGACCCACAAUGCUUUGGAGAACAUUAAUGUGCUUGGCCAAGGCUUGAAGCAUCUCUUCCAGCACCAGCGCAGGAGGUCAUCAGUGUCUCCACACGAUGUGCAGCAGAUUCAGGCCGAUCCAGAACCUGAAGUGGAUCUGGAAAGCCAGAGCUCAUGUGCUGAGAUUGAUGGUGUCCCCACCCACCCCACAGCUCUGAAUCGAGUUCUGCAACAGAUACGUGUGCCACCCAAGAUGAAGAGAGGGACAAGCUUGCAUAGUAGGCGGGGCAAGCCAGAAGCCCCAAAGGGAAGUCCCCAGAUCAACAGGAAAUCUGGCCAGGAGAUGGCUGCUGUUAUACAGACAGGACGCCCCAGGUCUUCAUCCACCACUGAUGCUCCCACCAGCUCAGCUGUGAUGGAAAUAGCUUGUGCUGCCGCCGCCGCUGCCGCGUGUCUACCAGGAGAGGAGGCAGCUACGGAAAGGAUCGAGCGGUUAGACGUAAGCAGCCUUGCCCAGACUUCCAGUGCAGUGGCCUCUAGCACCGAUGGCAGCAUCCAUACAGACUCGGUGGAUGGAAUACCAGACCCUCAGCGCACAAAGGCUGCCAUUGCUCACCUGCAGCAGAAAAUUCUAAAGCUCACAGAACAGAUCAAGAUUGCACAAACAGCCCGGGACGACAAUGUGGCAGAGUACUUGAAGCUUGCCAACAGUGCAGACAAGCAGCAGGCUGCCCGCAUCAAGCAGGUCUUUGAAAAGAAGAACCAGAAAUCUGCCCAAACCAUUCUCCAGCUGCAAAAAAAGCUUGAGCACUACCAUCGGAAGCUCCGAGAGGUAGAGCAGAAUGGGAUCCCCCGGCAGCCAAAGGAUGUCUUCAGGGACAUGCACCAGGGUCUGAAGGAUGUGGGAGCCAAGGUGACAGGCUUCAGCGAAGGCGUGGUGGACAGCGUCAAAGGCGGAUUAUCCAGCUUUUCCCAGGCCACCCAUUCAGCAGCAGGAGCUGUAGUCUCUAAACCCAGAGAGAUUGCCUCAUUGAUUCGGAACAAAUUUGGCAGUGCAGACAACAUCCCUAACCUGAAGGACUCUCUAGAAGAGGGGCAGGUAGAUGAUGCGGGGAAGGCUUUGGGAGUAAUUUCAAACUUUCAGUCAAGCCCAAAAUAUGGUAGUGAAGAAGAUUGUUCUAGCGCUACUUCAGGUUCUGUGGGAGCCAACAGCACCACUGGAGGCAUCGGUGUAGGAGCAUCCAGCUCCAAAACAAACACCCUAGACAUGCAGAGCUCAGGAUUUGAUGCACUUCUACAUGAGAUCCAAGAGAUCAGAGAGACGCAGGCCAGACUGGAGGAAUCCUUUGAGACCCUCAAAGAACAUUAUCAGAGGGACUAUUCCUUAAUAAUGCAGACCUUACAGGAGGAGCGAUACAGAAAAUCCUCAUUUUCCAGAUGUGAACGAUUAGAAGAACAACUAAAUGACCUUACAGAACUUCACCAGAAUGAAAUCUUGAACUUAAAGCAGGAAUUGGCCAGCAUGGAAGAGAAAAUUGCAUAUCAGUCCUAUGAACGGGCCCGAGACAUCCAGGAGGCCCUAGAGGCCUGUCAGACUCGCAUCUCCAAGAUGGAGCUGCAGCAGCAGCAGCAGCAGGUGGUACAGCUGGAAGGGCUGGAGAACGCCACUGCCCGGAACCUUCUGGGCAAGCUCAUCAACAUCCUCCUGGCUGUCAUGGCCGUCCUCCUGGUCUUUGUGUCUACGGUAGCCAACUGCGUGGUCCCCCUCAUGAAGACGCGCAACAGGACGUUCAGCACUUUAUUCCUUGUGGUUCUCGUUGCCUUUCUCUGGAAGCACUGGGACGCGCUCUUCGGCUACGUGGACAGGUUCUUCUCGCCCCCCAGAUGACGCCGCGGAGGCCGCGCCGCCGGCCCGGGAGACGGCACGCCCGCUCUGACGCUUCCCACGAGAGAGUUGAGUGAAUCUGUUUACAUUUAGAAUAAUGUUUUUUUUUUUCUUCAAGAGAUGCAAUUGCAAUAGUAUUUUUUAGAUUUUAUCCAAGAAGUUUUUUGGGCGAAAAUCUUGGGUCAUUUUUAUGUAGCAUGAUUUUCCUUGGGAUGCAAACCUUAAACAGUCCUUUAACACGACCCACCCGUCUGGAGCACACCGAAGGGCAUUCCCCCCCCCGGGGCUUGGAGGACUGCGCUCACACCCACGCGGAGGACAGAAGGCCCACGACACCCGGCCAGCCCUGCCUGGGCUCGCCACCUCGCCUGGCCCCACACUAACUCUACUGUGAAGUCCGACCACAUUCCAACACGUGGGUCUCCCGGCUCCCGCCCCCGGCACGUUCGAGAUGCUAGCGCUGGCGCGCGGCCGAGCCGCCCCUCAGCUUCGCCAGGACACGGGCGUCCUCCGCGCAGCCACGGCCGACGUGAAGCCGCCCUGCGUCCUUCACUGAGCAAACCCCCUUGGCCGCACUUUUAAGGUUUUGGUUUUUUGGUGUCUUUUAUUUUAUAUAUGUGUAGUUACCAACUUAAAAAUAAAAAAUCCGAACAGCAUACUUGAAGAAUGUAAUACUCAAACUCUCAGUGCUUCCUUAUGGUUUCUAAUAGGAUUUUUUAUUGUUGUUAUUAUUAUUGGGUUUUGUUUUUUUUUUUGAAAGGGUGGGGAGGAUCUUUUAUUUUUCCUUUGAAAUAAAGAAGUGAUGUUUUUAAAUGAAGACGUGUGGAUAUUUAAACCUGCUGCUCCCUCUGGGACCAUUUGAGUGAGAGGCUGGAAACACUGCCCCCUGCUGCCGUGGUUUGGAGACGCAGCUGCAGCUCCCCACCCCGGCUGCUGCUGCUUUCUGUGCCCGCCACCCCCACACCGCCCUUCGUGGGCUUGGCUGGGUUGGAGAGGAGGCUGCAGGGAGAGGAGACAGUGUUUCCACACACAGCACCGUAGGACUGAUAUUUUUUGGCCCAAGAAAAUGUUCACCCAGUGACAUUGGACUGGGGUUGUGUUUAGGAAAAAUUGAGACUAUCAGAGUCAUAAUUCCUUGUGUUUCUUUAAUUUAUUGUUUAGCGCUCCCUGAUUACUGAAACCAAAGUGAUGUGGAAUCUUCAGUCUGCAUUUGGCCCCAGCAUCCCUGACUUCAAAGCUUUAUCUGCUGCCUCAGAGAAUCACUGCUUCGAUUCUCCUAAAGAGCAGAACAGGAAAUGACGGGGGGAGGACCCGUGUUGGGUACAAAGCGUGGGUAGCUUCCUGUCAAUCUGGAAGGACUUACCCCUGCCCGGUGGGCUUGUAUAGACAGUGCAGGAAGGUGGACCAGCUUGCCCCACCCUUCCGCCAUGACCCACCAUCCCACCAUGCUGGUGGAACCUGAAUUUUUAGAACUUAUCCAGAGAGCUUGGUUAGUGCUUUCUUGUCUUGUAUUGGGUCACAAGUGCAGUUCGCUCGUGGCCUUGUUCUGUGCAGCCGAGUGGGGCACAGGGUCGUGAGCAGUGCCCUGGCCCCCACACCAGGGCCUCUGGGAACCAGAGCGGCACUGCCCUGUCUGUUGGGAAGGAUGGAUGGCUGACUUCACAGCUCUGGCCUCCGCUGGCUUUGGCAAGCAGGUCUCCUCCAGGUCAACAUGCCGUAACCAUAACCACUUCGAUAUUUUAACUCAGGUACCCCGGUUUCCACCCCAGCCCCAAGUCAUUGCCCUUCACCUCACAAUUAGCAUCCAGAUCAGGGACCAUAAGGGGUGAUUUUUCUUUAAGGAAAAAAUACCAUUAGAACCAAUUCAUGUUCAUGCCAAAACAAAUUGUCCCCAAGCCUAUAUACUUAAAAUGUUAACUUUGCCUAAAAAUAUUGCAGUGACUUUAGGCAGGAGUGCCAAAGGACACAGUGACCUUGUCAGAUAGGCAGUUGCUGCUUUUCAGUCACUCAGUACAGACAGAACCCCAUGGGACUGUUGGGAAGGUGUUGUACUGUGGGCCACUGGUGUUUGUAAGAAGGAAACUGAGUCUUCCUACUGUGCGGGGGCAACGAGGUUUCGCAGCCACUGGACAGCACUGUGAUCAAUGGGCUGAAGUAACUCCCCUUUGCCUUGAGACAGUUUCUAUCCAAGAAAGGUUUUCGCCUCUGGAAAGGCCCCGGAGCCCCAGUCAAACAGGACCACACUAACGCCCCACCUUCCUCUCCAGACCUGUCUGGAGAAGGGCCUGCAGCCCGGCCAGGCCCCACGUGGCUUUCUUGCUCUCUUGUCCCAUCAUUCAGCAGGCCCAGCUCCUCCUGUCUGCAUCCAGUGCUCAUCGUAACAUGCUCCAGUUGUCAUGCCUGCCUAGACUUUGCUGCUGCCCAUCCUGUUGCCUUUGAGCUGCUUUGAAUUCUGUCUGUCCAAAACCCUUCUUUCUAUACCUUGCUCUUAUGGUCUAACAGUUGUUCAGAGAGACACUUGCCCUCACUUUAAUGCUCCUUCUCUUUGAAGGAAAAAAAAAAAGAUGAUGUACAUUCCCUUUCAAGUGAAGCAUUCCUUUAUUACUUGUUUGUGCUGGUCCUAACCUGGGUGAGCGAGGCUGGCUGUGUGGGGCUGGGUGACUGUUUAGGUCGUGGAAUGGCUUUGUUUUGCCUUGUUCUUGGUAAUCGAAGGGCUGCCUGCUCCAGUUUUAAUUCCUUGGUGUUCUCAGUGUGUCCUGGCAAGGAAGGCUUUCUACCCCACCGGCUCCUUAAAUACAUGCAAAAGCAUGUUCGGUUGUAUAUGUCACCAACUGAGGUCCUUCCGUGUCACAGUUGGGAUAAAAACCUGAUGCCAAGAACCCUGGGAUCGAGCCUUCCUUGCUAGCCGUGUCCCAAUGAGAAUAUUUUCUUAUGGAUUUUUCUUAUGCAUUUGGUUUUGUUUCUGAUUUGAGGGACAGUCAGAGGGAAUGCUGGGUUCCAAACGAGCGCCAGUGAGGGGCUGCCUUUCAGCUCUGGAAAAUAUGCAUCCAAAACAAAACCAAAUGUUGUAACAACAAACUGAAAUUUUGCACAGGCAAAAUCAUGGGUUCCCAUACCACCACCCUCCAUGAAACCUGGGAUUUUGAAUGUGGCUCUUGAGAGU